GGGAAAGGGGGCAUCGUGGAUGUGGAUGCCGCGGAUGGUGGCGGAGCUGCGACGGGUGCAGGCGGCGGCAGGGGUCGCAGUCCCUCAGCCGGCGGUGGAGGUCCCCGCUCGCUGGGACGAGUGCUGUUCGGCUCGGCAUCGGCCCGCUGCGCGCGCCCCUACAUGGAGGACCGCCACUGCAUCGUGCAGUGCCUGCGGCCGCUGUCCGCCUCGGGGCAGCCGCUGCAGGACGGCGUGCAGCGCUGCCUGGCAGCCAUAUACGACGGCCACAACGGCAGCCGCGCGGCGGACACGGCGGCGGCGCGGCUGCACAUGAUGCUGGCGGGGGAGGCGGCGCUGAGGUCGCACACGGGCGAGCUGGGCCCCCCUGCCGCCAUGGCCGCGGAGGAGUCCGCCAUCUCCACCGCGCUGCGCCGCGUGUUCCGGCGGGUGGAUGACGAGAUCCUGGCGGAGGCGCGGAUGGACGGCGCGCGGGACGGAGCCACUGCGCUGCUGGUGCUGCGGCUGGCGGACACACUGUAUGCGGCGCAUGCGGGCGACUCCCGCGCCGUGCUGUCCCGCUGCGGCUCCGCGGUUCGCCUCACAGAGGACCACAAGCCGCACCUGCCGGGCGAGCGAGCGCGGGUGGAGGCGGCGGGCGGUCGUGUGGACUUCCAGCGCUGCUGGCGGGUGAUCGUGGAGCCGCGGGAGGGGAGGCUGGGCAGCGGGCUGGCGGUCAGCAGGUCCCUGGGCGACCUGGAUUUCAAGGAGCCGCGUCGCUUCGUGGAGUGUGAGCCCGAUGUACGGCGGCUGGUUCCCCGCCCCGGAGACAACCUGGUGGUGCUGGCGAGUGACGGGCUGUGGGACGUGAUGAGCGACCAGGAGGCGGUGGACUGCGCGAAUGGGGUGCUGCAGGCUCGCUACGGCCACAACGCCACCUCAGCCGCCGCAGUGCCCUUCCGCGAUGAGGACGCACGAGCUGCUGCGGAGGCGCUGCUCGAGUCGGCGGUACGGAGGGGUACGGCGGACAACGUGACGGUGAUUGUCAUGCUGCUGACGUGGGAUUAGGGGG